UGCUGAGGCCCCCCCCAUUCUGCCCUCCCUCCCUGCAGCUCCAUGGCCGUCCCUGUGAGCGUCCUCCGCCUCCCACGGGGCCCAGAAGGUUCGGGACGAGGUUUCAGCUCCACAACUCUAAACCGUCGUCGUGGGGAAGCCCCAGAGGUGGCAGAGGUGACAAAAGCCACGCAGGCCACGCGGGCAGCGCUGCGCCGCCGCUUCCUGCUCAGCCUGGCGGCCGCACGGGAACAAACAGUGACAUUUGUCCUCUGUCAGCACGGCCGGGUCAGCGCCGUGCUGGGGGCCGUCUGGGUCCCCGACGGCACCGAGGUCUGCAGGGACGAUGGCAGUGCGGCCGUGGCCUUUCAGGUGGACGCCCUGCAGACGCCUCUGGGGGUGCAGAGAGCUGCACUGCUGCGGGGACGGGAUGUGGUGGCGUUUGGGUUUCAGGUGGCUGAGAAAUGAGGGGAAAGCAACGGGGAAAUUGAUGGAGAAAUGAGGGGAAAUAAAUGGAGACGUGAGGGGAAAUAAAUGGAGUGGUGG